UCGUUGUUCCUGGUUAACUGCUCUCUCCGCCAUUUUCGUUAGCUGGUGUCGCAGAGGUGGUUGGCGUAGUUAUUUGUUGCAUUACGUUCAGUUUUAAAAGGUGACUCGUGAAUACCUUCGAAGAUAGUCUUCGAUAACAGUUUAAUUUAGCAAGACACUAAACUGCGCGAUAAGAUGUCGACUGAGCAGGACGAAAAGCCUGACGUGACCGAACUAGCCGACGAACUGCAGCAGCAGGAACCGCCGCCGCAGCAGCAGCAGCAGCAGCAGCAGCAACCGGGAGAACUGAACGGCAAAGCCAAGCAUGAGCCCAAUUCAAGCAGGAAGGAGAGGCCCCAGAAGAGGGGUGGAGCCGGGCGCUAUGAACCCUAUGGAAACGUCAACAAGAGAUACCGUGUUUUUGUCAGCAACAUCCCAUACGAUGUCAAAUGGCAAGCCCUCAAAGACCUGAUGAAAGAAAAAGUGGGUGAGGUAACGUACGUGGAACACUUAAUGGACGCAGAAGGCAAAUCGAGGGGUUGUGCUGUUGUUGAGUUUAGGACUGAAGAGCUAAUGAAGAAAGCGGUGGAGAAGGUCAACAAGCACAACCUCAAUGGACGACCCCUGAAAGUGAAAGAGGACCCUGAUGGUGUGAUUGCUCAGAGAGAGAUGAACAAGACCCAAGGCGGAGGACAUCCAGGAGGCCAUGGCGGAAUGGGUGGAAUGGAUCGCAUGAACAUGGAGCGAAUGGGCCCUGGACCAAAUGGCUCCAUGGUCAACAUUCCUCCGAGCCUGAUGAACAACCCCAACAUCCCCAACGAGAUCAUACAUGGUCUCCAGGCUGGCAGGAUUGGCAGCACGGUCUUUGUGGCUAAUCUGGACUACAAAGUAGGCUGGAAGAAGCUGAAGGAGGUCUUCGGCAUGGCGGGCAUGGUGGUGAGGGCUGACAUUCUGGAGGACAAGGAUGGGAAGAGCAGAGGCAUGGGAACGGUGACAUUCGAUAUGCCCAUUGAAGCAGUCCAAGCCGUCUCUAUGUUCAAUGGGCAGCUGUUGUUCAACAGAGUCAUGCACGUCAAACUGGAUGAGAAGUCUCUGCCCAAAGAUUUUGGACCACCUGACAGAGCUGCUGCCGCUCUUCCCCGUGGCCUGAGUGGUAUUGGUUUGGGCCUGGGACCUGGUGGCCAGCCCAUUGAUGCUACUCAGCUCAACAGAGGUGGAGGAGGAGGAGGUGGCGGCGGUGGUGGUGGAGGAAUGGGCAACAUGGGCCCUGGAGGAAUGGAUGGAAUGGGCUUUGGUAACAUGGGAGGUCGUAUGGGAGGCGGAGGAGGAGGUGGCGGCGGCGGAAUGGAUAACUUUGGAGGAAUGAACAACAUGGAGCGUUUUGGUUCUUCAGGAAUGGGCAGAAUGAACGAGAUGGACCGUGGGAUUGGUGGUGCUUUUGACAGAGAGUUUGGGCGAAAUGAAAUGGGCAUGUCUCGCAAUAAUUUUGGUGACUCCUUUGAAAGAGGAAUGGGAAGCUCUGUGGGCAUGGACCGCAUGAGCUCUGGAAUGGACCGCCUGGGAGCCAACAUGGACCGCAUGGCGGGGAUGGAUCGGAUGGGCAUGGACAGGAUGGACCGCGGGUCUGACCUGGAAAGGCUGGGUUCUGGUGGUUUCGACCGGAUGGGCUCAGGGAUGGACCGGCUGGGGCCCAGUAUGGACAGGCUUGGACCCGGUCUGGACCGUAUGAGCUCCAGCAUGGACCGCCUCGGCCCAGCUGGGUUUGACCGCCUAGGCCCGUCUAGUUUGGAUCGCAUGGGAUCUGGCCUGGACUUCGGCUCCCCAAUGGGUAUGGAUCGCAUGGGCAACACCGGGAUCGACAGAAUGGCCAGCGGAUUCGACCGCAUUGGCUCCACUGGUGGCAUCGACCGCUUCCCCUCCGGUGGCAUCGACCGCAUGAGCUCUGGCAUGGAUCGGAUGGGGUCCGGAGGUGUUGGUGGUCAGUUUGAUCGUGCAGGUGAAUUGGAUCGUGGAUUUGUCGGGAAUUCCUUUGGAGGAGCCGGAGGGCCCGGAGCUGGUGGAAGCAAUGUCAGGAAGGGUUGCCAGAUCUUUGUCAGAAAUCUGCCUUUUGACUUCAACUGGAAGAUGCUGAAGGAUACCUUCAACACAUGCGGCAUGGUUCAGUAUGCUGAUAUUAAGAUGGAGAACGGCAAGUCCAAGGGCUGUGGUGUGGUUCGCUUCGAUACCCCUGAAACUGCCGAGCGUGUCUGCCGAACCAUGAAUGGCUAUCGGCUGAAUGGAAGAGAAAUCGAUGUUAGGAUUGAUAGAAAUGCAUAAAUUAUUUGUCCGUUACAUCCGACAUUUCAUUUAGUUCCUAAAAGUCCAAGCGCUCUGUAUCAUCUAAAUUGGCCAUAGGAUAUUCAUAUUAUAUUCACUUGGUUUGUUAGAUAUUUGUAACAGCGAAAAUGUUAUUUUAGUUAGUAAUUUCUCACAGUGAAUGUUUUUAGUUUUUGAUUAAGUUUUACUUUUUCUUUUAGAGACCAAAUUUUUAUUUUUUAUUUUCUGUCCUGCUUCACUUGUCAUUGCCUUUUUGUUCUGUAAGGUGUUUUGAUAAAUAAACCUCAGUAUUUGAAA